AUGUUAGCCGUAUUCGUGAACACCAACUGCACGAACCCCCCUGGUAUCCUCGCUCUGCUGGAUGAGGAGUGCUGGUUCCCCAAAGCCACCGACAAAACCUUUAUUGACAAAGUGCAGCAGGAGCAGGGCACACACACCAAGUUCCAGAAACCUCGUCAACUCAAGGACAAAGCCGACUUCUGCGUCAUUCACUACGCAGGGAAGGUGGAUUAUAAAGCGGAUGAAUGGCUGAUGAAGAACAUGGAUCCUCUGAACGACAACGUGGCCACGCUGCUGCACCAGUCGACGGACAAGUUUGUGGGAGAGCUCUGGAAAGAUGACAUUCAGAUGUUUUCUGUAAAGCGCGCCUUCUGA